CCCCACGACCCGUCCCUCUCACGCCUCCUCUCCCCCACGGUGGCCCGAGCCGGAGUUCCCCUCUCUGCCCGCCCCGCGGCCGCCACACUCCCCGACCCCUACCAACCAGGAAGCGAGAAAAAAGAGAGGCGAGCGGCGCCGGAGGAGGAGGAGACUGCUUUCCCGGCGGAAGAUGGCGCGGCGCGGGCGUGUGGAGCUGCGGCGGAUCGAGGACCGGACCAACCGGCAGGUGUGCUUCUCCAAGCGCCGCUCGGGGCUCUUCAAGAAGGCCUUCGAGCUCUCGCUCCUCUGCGACGCCGAUGUCGCGCUGCUCGUCUUCUCCCCCGCCGGAAAGCUCUACGAGUACUCCUCCUCCAGCAUAGAAGCUACAUAUGAUCGCUAUCAGAGAUUUGCGGGACCCGGAAUGAACGUGAAUGGAGGCGAUGCAAGGAACAAAAAUGAUGGUGAUCCUUCAAACAUACAGUCAAGGCUUGAAGACAUCGCUUCCUGGUCUCUUCAAAAUAAUGCUGAUGACUCCGAUGCCACUAAGCUGGAGAAACUGGAGAAACUGGAGAAACUCUUGACAGAUGCUUUGAGGAAUACAAAAUCCAAGAAGAUGUUGGCGCAACUAAAUAGCGGCGCAAGCACGAGUGCAAGUGCUUGCGCCCAGAACUCCAAUGGCCCUAGGGGACUGGAAGGAGGAAGGACUUGAGCCUGCAUUCUGUACAAGGGAUGCUCUGCUGCAGAUGCAACUCUUCCCCAGUUGUUGGGUAUCGAAGAGUUGUCAGGGCUGCAGCUUGUAUGACUCAAGGCAGAAGGUUGCAAAUUCAAUAAAAGGUUGCCUUGUGCCUCGUUCGGACUCUGUGAUAUAUUUAUGCCAACCUAUCAUUCUGUUGUCAACAAGUCCUGUUAUCUGGAACGGAAUAAUCUCUGUCUCAAAAGAAAGCAACUGAAUGGGAAAUCAGUUUAUGCAGAUGCACUUUA